AUGGGUUCCCUGGAUGAGGCCCUGCCCCAAAGCUCGGAGGGAAUCGUCGAUUACAAUGCUAUUACGAAGAGGAUCGUGGUGCAUGACGAGGUCCCGUCGUCGAAAACGACGCCCUAUUUCAACCACCACGCCUUCUACUCCCACCUUCGUCGAUGUCAGUCCCUCUUGAAGGAGGGUGCGUCUGAGUUCGGGUCGAAUCUGAUAUACGGAGAGGUUCUGACAAGCACCAGCACGAUCUUGGAAAAGAACCCUAAGCUGUUGCGCAAACUGCCCCAAGGGUUCACGUCGUGCGCCACCACGCAGGUGGCUGGCCGAGGGCGCACAUCCAACGUUUGGGUGUCCCCGGCCGGCGCACUCAUCUUUUCGACGGUGCUUCGACACCCGGUCGAGAAGCUGCAGUCCUCGCCGGUGGUGUUCAUCCAAUACUUGGCAGCCAUGGCGGUGGUGCAGGGCAUCAAGAGCUAUGACGAAGGGUACGACGCCAUGCCGGUCAAAGUGAAAUGGCCCAACGACGUCUAUGCACUGGAUCCUGAGGAUCCGGACAAGAAACGCUACUUAAAAAUAUCCGGCAACAUGGUCAACUCGCAUUUCUCCGGGAACGGAUAUAUUGCUGUCGUCGGCAUCGGCGUGAAUGCCCUCAACGCCUCUCCGACCACGUCGUUGAGCGCUCUCGCCGCGCGCUUUGUGGGUCCUCGGGCGGCCCCCAUCAGCCUAGAGAAAUUGCUAGCGCACAUCCUCACGACCCUGGAGGAUUUGUACGCCCGGUUCCUGCGCACCGGAUUUGACCGAGGGUUCGAAGAGAUGUAUUACAACGACUGGCUGCACACAAACCAGGUGGUGACGCUGGAAGAGGAGGGAGGCGCGCGAGCUCGCGUCAAGGGGAUUACGCGCGACUACGGACUGUUGCUGGCCGAAGAGUUGGGAUGGAACGAUCGGCCGACGGGUCGCAUCUGGCAGCUGCAGAGCGACAGCAACAGCUUCGACUUUUUCCGCGGACUCCUCAAGCGCAAGGUGUAA